AAAUCCUGGUAGCAACAUUGUGCAGUAUGAGCGAACCAUUUCACCAAAAAAAGGGGAAGCAAGGCAAGAUGUGGCUGCAGCGGUCCGCAGACGUGACUUCUGAUCAAAUUCAAACCUCCUCCUAAAGAAACAAAGAGCGACAUUACAUUGCGGGAUGACGUCACCUGAAAAUGACCAAUAGCGCGGCGCGCUGCUGAGCUGCAUGCCAACCGCUCUUUUUUUCAUGCAGGAGACUGAAGUUGGCUUCGCUAACGGACACAGUUUUGAACUCGUAUAUUAGCGCCAUUUAUAGCUGCUUGGACCACAGCAUCUUCGGAAUUUGUAGACAUCCUGGCAGUUUACAAUUAGUUCAAGGUGAGGGUGCUGACCCAAAUCUGUGUGGACCAGAACGUACCAAAGAGAACUACAACUCUGCUGUUGAUCGCCUCCAGAUUGACAAUACACCAGACGUCGAAGGAGUGAAGUUCAGACAUCUCGGAAAUGGGGGACAGCAUAAGGAGUUCCAUUACUAAGGUGCUGCCGGACCUGUCUGCCUUAAUCCUUGAAAUUGUACUAGAGACACUACAAUCAUUAGGAGUGGAGACAUCUGAGGACUUGCAGUUCAUCAGUGAGACUGAUCUGAACUCUGUCCUGAGACCAGUUCAGGCAAGAAAACUGCUGGCUGCUUGGAAACAAACCACACCAAAUAUGGAAAUUUCAAGCCAGGCCAGCAUAUCGUCUCCAUCUUCUUGCUCCUCAUUUUCUGCCUCACCCAGUCCAAUAUAUUCUCUAGACUGGGUAGAUAACUUUAGAAUUCCAAGUGAAGAUUUUCCAGAAGACUUGAUCCAGUGUCUUCAGAGAGAGAAAAGACCAAAGCCUCGAUUGCGGAGGGAGAUGAUCCGCAUUAUUGUGAAGGAGAUGAUGAAAGCCUGUGCCUCUCCAAGUAGAAGAGCCUCGACUGAAAUUGCAAAAAAACUGGUUGCGAUGUAUCCCAAGUCACUGCAGGAUGUCAUAGAGGGGGAAGUGGUAGGACAGGGGUACCACUCUUUGGUAAAACAGAUUCAGGCACGAAUUGAAAAUGUGAAGAGGUCUACUUCACCAGUGUUACAGAAGCGCAAACAGGGAGGAUCAGAUGACACCGAUGAAGUCACACCUGAAAAGCGAGCAUCUGUUCAAGACACAUAUGGCUGCAUAAAGUGGGACAUGAAGUUUUUGCCAGUCAGUGAGACACUGGAAACCCAGCAGGAGAAGAAGGAACGUAUGAAGAUUCUCAGUGAACAGACAAGCUUCAGUCAUGAAGAAGUAAAAACUCUAAUGAAAUGCACCUACUACUCUCAGCGCAAAGCAAUAAACAGCGGAGCAGACAUGCAAACCCUCAAAGAAGAGUGGCCUUAUUUGUUUCAGGCGAUUGGAAUGACAGUCCAUUUUGAAGAACUUACUGGGGUACCGCUGAAAGAGACUUUCCUCACCAGUCUAGAAAAGAAGGGAAAACGGCUUCUGGACUUUCUGAAAACCACUUGUGCAGACAAGAGCAAGCGUGUCUUGGAGGCUGUCAUAAAGCUUCGAAUGCAGAGGGGACAGCUGAAGGGCUGCUCAGAAGACCUGAAAGAUAUGAUGCUCCUCCUCCUCUCCUAUUUCGAUGAAAAAGAGGAGACCCUCUUCCACUAUGUUGAUGAAACAUGUCUGGCAAAAGAAGUCCAAGUGGAAAGCCUGCCUGUGACACCAUGUAUCAUUGUUUGUGGAUCCUCCUGCUUUGCAUCGAGACUGUUCAUGCUCAGCAUUGACCACAAAGUUGUAAAUGACCAAAUGACUGACUUCAUCUCUGCAAUCUGUCUGAUGCUUGGUAGCUACUACUGCCUGAACAUCCACUAUCCCCUGGAACUUGGCUCCACACUUGAAUUCCUUCAGAGGUGUUUCUUCAACAUUAACCCAGAGAAGGGAACAAAAGUUGAAAAAACUAAGAAGAAGACACUGCAUGUGAACCCAAGAGUACUCACCCUCAUCGCCGAUCUCUCUGAUCACGAGUGGCGAGAGACUGUUUAAAGACAUUUUGAACAGAUCGGUACAGUCAGCUUAACUGUACCUUGACUGGGAACUACUGUGUUGUUUAUGUUUUCAGUUAUCCCAGCUGAUAUUGAGUACUGUACUCUUACCUGAUUUCUGUUAUCACAGGCAUGCUUUUCAGAGGUUUUUACCAUAUAUCUUUAAACAAUCCCUCUAACUAGGGAUUGUUACUGAGAACUGUACUUUUGAUGUUUCAGAGAUGUUCUAUAUUCUAUACAAGAGUUUAAACUAUUUGAAUUUUGUAUUGCCCUAAUUAGCAAACAAGUUAAGUGUUGCACUGAACUGUUAACAUUGAAAUUGAAAAUGGUUAAUAUACAUUUGUUAGUUGACUUUAAGUGUAGAGCUUAAGCAGUUUUGGCUUUCUUUUUUCAUAAUGCCAGGAGAAGCUUUACAUGCUUGUUUUGCCUUUAUUUGUUUAAAGCAAUAUAUUUGACUAGCAGCAAGUGUGUGGAGGUCAAAAUAUGUUCAAGACAAUAAAAAUGUCAGUGAAGGACAUCUGAAAUUUUGUUGCAGUGGUUUUCUGAUGCAUGUGUUUUAAGGGUUAAGGGUGGUGGCACAGCUAAGACCCAAGAGUCUCUUUCAAGGUUAGUAAAGUAAACAGAUUCAAGAAGAUAUUUUACACAUUUCUCUGUUGUCUGUCUCUAAAUCUUAUUUUGUCUUUAUUAUGAUUAAAAAUGUUUGUUUUGUUCCUGCCCUUUUCAGACACUGAAUUUGAGCAGAAACCAUAAGGAUACUCAAAGGACCUGUGACUCUCAGGAAAUGCAUCAAGUGAGAGUGACAGAUGAAACAGUUUCAAGACAAUGGCAGGUAAAGCAUGCUGAAGAUUGAAACAAACCUUGGCUGGAAAUAUUUGAAGGUAUCUAGCCGGUCCACAAUGAAAGUUUCGUUGCCCCCCAUGAGUCUUCUGGCAGAAAUGAUGGUGCCUGUAUUCUUUGGUUUCCCUAAACAUCACACCCUGCCUGUUUAUAUGAGGCUCUUCAAUUAAGUCUGCACCCAAAGAUUCAAUAAGAGAGGGGAUCCUGUCAGUCCAAAGUGAACUCCUGAUGGACAUUGAAGUACUCCUGCAGAGCUUGUAUCUUCGACACCAUGCGCAUUAGAAACUCCACUGAGUCCUUUCCUUCACUAAGGCAGGACCCAGUGACUCAUUACUGUUUAUAGGGGCAGGUAAUUUUUUGUUUCAUGUUUAUUUAUUCCUCCAUGGAUUACCAGCCAUAUAUAUGGACACAUGCUGUAUUCUCAAGAUCUAUGCUGUUUGGUAGGAAUAGAGAAAAUGAUAUGUUUAGUCUGUUUUCAAAUGGUAUGUCAAAUUUUCUCAUUGUUUAUCAGUAAUAUUCACUACCUUGGUUAUAUAUGAGCAUCUUUAGAUUUUUCUAUAUUUAGCAGUUGCAAAUGUAAAAUGUACAGUAAACUAUUUAUGUUCCUCAUAUUGUACUGUAUUUUUAGCGGUAAAAUACCGGCAGCUGUGGUUGCCAGGAAUUUACCGUAAAAUGUAUCUGGUCAAAAUAAAAUGCUGUAAUUUGUUAUACAA